AUGCAUACAUUUUCUGUACGCGCUGGACUACGCCCGUUAUACAGCAAGACAUCGUCUUUACGGGCUGUCUCAAUUCAGCGAGCCUCAAUCUCAUCAAGCACACCGCGACAAGCCAAGAACCAAAUAUACGCCCCUAUCCGCAACAAUGACUCUUUCUCAACCUACCUUUCACUUUCGACAUCGUCCCGCACACCCCUGCUGACUUUCUGGUCCGCUUCGUGGUGCUCGACAUGCAAAGCUGUCAGUCCUCUCCUCCACGACCUCGUCGAGUCUGGCGUUGGCGAGGAGGAAGGUGGAGUAUCUCUCGCUACUGUAGAGUUUGACUCACCAGAUAUCAUGUCGGGAGACCCCAACCUGGCCAUGACUUACAUGAUUACGAGCAUCCCUACGCUUCUGAGCUUUGACGGCGGGGAAGCUCAGACGGCCACCAAGCUUUCUGAUGCCAGAAAGCUUGCUGAUCGAGAGUUCCUAAAGGAAUGGAUCAGAACCGAAGCGAGGAGACAUGGAGGCCGUGGAGGUGGUGGAGGGGGAUCAUCACUUUUUGGAGGUUUGUUCAGCAAGUCAUGA